AUGACUUUUAACUGUUUUGGAGGAUCUAAAACUUGUGUACCUGCAGCCAUCGAUAAGGAUGAAGAAUUUGUAGAAGAGUUUAAUAGAUUAAAAACUUUUGCUAAUUUUCCAAGUAGUAGUCCUGUUUCAGCAUCAACGCUAGCACGAGCUGGUUUUCUAUAUACUGGUGAAGGAGACACCGUGCAGUGCUUUAGUUGUCACGCAGCAGUAGAUAGAUGGCAGUAUGGAGACUCAGCAGUUGGAAGACACAGGAAAGUAUCCCCAAAUUGCAGAUUUAUCAAUGGCUAUUAUUUUGAAAAUAAUGCCGCGCAACCUACCAAUUCUGGCAUCCAGAAUUGUCAGUACAAAGCUGAAAACUACCUGGGAGACAGAAAUCAUUUUGCUUUAGACAGGUCAUCUGAGACUCAUGCAGACUAUCUUUUGAGAACUGGACAGGUUGUAGAUAUGUCCGACACUGUAUACCCGAGGAACCCUGCCAUGUGUAGUGAAGAAGCUCGGUUAAAGUCAUUUCAGAACUGGCCAGACUAUGCCCACUUAACCCCAAGAGAGUUAGCUAGUGCUGGGCUCUACUAUACAGGUGUUGAUGACCAAGUGCAGUGCUUUUGUUGUGGUGGAAAACUGAAAAAUUGGGAACCUUGUGAUCGUGCAUGGUCAGAACACAGGCGACACUUUCCCAAUUGCUUCUUUGUUUUGGGACGGAAUGUUAAUAUUCGAAAUGAAUCUGAUGUCCUGGGUUCUGAUAGGAAUUUCCCAAAUUCAACAAAUUCUCCAAGAAACCCAUCCAUGGCAGAUUAUGAAGCACGGAUCAUUACUUUUGGGACGUGGAUGUACUCUGUUAACAAGGAGCAGCUUGCAAGAGCUGGAUUUUAUGCUUUAGGUGAAGGUGAUAAAGUAAAGUGUUUUCAAUGUGGAGGAGGGCUAACUAAUUGGAAGCCCAAUGAAGACCCUUGGGAAGAACAUGCUAAGUGGUAUCCAGGGUGUAAAUAUCUGUUAGAAGAGAAGGGACAAGAAUAUAUAAACAACAUUCAUUUAACUCAUUCACUUGAGGAGUCUGUGGGAAGAACUUCUGAAAAAACACCAUCACUAACUAAAAGAAUUGAUGAUAACAUCUUUCAAAGUCCUUUGAUACAUGAAGCUAUACGAAUGGGAUUCAGUUUCCGAGACAUUAAGCAAAAAAUGGAGGAAAAAAUUCAGACAUCUGGGAGCAACUAUAAAUCACUGGAAGUUCUGGUUGCAGAUUUAGUGAGCACUCAGAAAGACAGUACACAACAUGAAUCAAGUCAGACUUCAUUGCAGAAAGAGAUUAGUGUUGAAGAGCAACUAAGGCUCCUGCAAGAGGAGAAGCUUUGCAAAAUCUGUAUGGAUAGAAAUAUUGCUAUGGCGUUUAUUCCGUGUGGACAUCUGGUCACUUGUAAACAAUGUGCUGAAGCAGUUGAUAAAUGUCCUAUGUGCUACACAAUCAUUACUUUCAAACAAAAAAUUUUUAUGUCUUAA